GGCCGAUGGCUGAUGAUGUUAUCGAACUAAACGUCGGUGGAACACAUUAUAGCACUACACGUCAAACUCUAAUAAAAGAGCCGAAUACUCUACUAUGCAAACUAGCAAAAAGUUCAUCACCGUCACUCCCAAAGGGAGUUAUUAGGCUUGACGACAACAAAUACUUUAUCGAUCGUGAUGGAACACUAUUCUCGCAUAUUCUAAAUUAUCUACGAACUGAGAAACUGCUGUUGCCAGAGGGAUUCAAAGAGAUUUGUCGUUUACGAGAUGAAGCCGACUACUAUGAUAUCGAAAAACUGCGAGAAGCCCUCAUGCCCCAAUUACAGCAAUUACAACUGAAUUACUUGAAACCUAAACUCUCAAAUGGCGGAUUAUGCACGACUGGCGAUAGUGGAGGUUACAUCACGCUUGGUUAUCGAGGCACAUUUGCAUUUGGUCGAGAUGGGCAAGCAGACGUGAAAUUCCGGAAAUUGCAUCGAAUCCUCGUCUGUGGUCGAGCAACAUUGUGUCGUGAAGUGUUCGGUGAUACAUUGAAUGAAAGUCGAGAUCCUGGUGGACCAGACGAUGUUGAACGUUAUACGUCACGACUUUAUCUCAAACAUCAAUGUCUUGAACGGGCGUGUGAUCUCCUUGCCGAGAAAGGGUUCAAGCUGGUUGCUACAUGUUGUAGUGGAGCCAACGGUCUAGCAGCAAAUCAACCUAGUGGGGGCGGCAACCCGCAGGACCUUAUGAAUCACCGAAAUUGUGGUGAUUACGAAGAACAACGAUGGGCGCACUACACUGAGUACGUGUUCUAUAGAGAAAAUCAAGGCGGCGUAAUGACACCGUCACCAAGAGAUCUCUAAUAAUGUGAUGUGAAACCGUGUAAAACAAGUGAGCAUUUAGUUGUUUGCUAUAUUUUUGAUUGGAUCUUGUCCUUGUACAAUAAGGCAUUAUUACCAUAAAAUCUCGAUCUUCCAUUUUUGCUAUGCUAAUAAAGUAUUGAA